AUGUCCGACUGCGCCUCCGACUCGGGCUCCACCAACGGCAAGGACUCGGGCUGCGAGGUGGAGAAGCCCGACAAGGAGCAGGAGCCGCCCUUCAUCCCGCCCGACGAGGAGCUCACCAACCGCAUCGUGCAGCAGGUCGAGUUCUACUUCUCCGACGUCAACAUCACCAAGGACGCCUUUCUGCUCAAGCACGUCAAACGCAACAAGGAGGGCUACGUCUCGCUCAAGCUCAUCUCCAGCUUCAAGCGCGUCAAGCACCUGGCCAAGGACUGGCGCGUGGUGGCGUUCGCGCUCGCCAAGUCCACCAAGCUCGAGAUCAACGAGCAGGGCACCAAGCUGCGCCGCCUCGACCCGCUGCCGCAGUACGACCAGACCACGCCCUCGCGCACCGUCGUCGCCAUGCACCUGCCGCACGACAAGCCCACCAUCGAGAACGUGGCCGAGCUGUUCGCGUGCUUCGGCGAGAUCGCGCUGGUGCGCAUCCUGCGCCCGGGCAACCCGGUGCCGGCCGACGUGCGCAGCUUCGUGGCCAAGCGGCCCGAGAUGGCCGGCACGGUGAGCGCGCUCGUCGAGUACGUCAACACGGAGGCGGCGCAGCGCGCGGCCAAGGGCCGGCACGACUGGCCGGGCAAC